AUGGCCGUAAGAAGGGUCGGCGUUGUCCUCGGACUCACGGACGAAGAGUGCAGGGAGGAAGAGGAGGAAUUUAAGAAGGCAGAGUGGAAGGUGUGGGCAGUUGUUGGCUUGUCGCCGUGGAUGUGGUCAAGGCUACUGCUCACCUUGACUGGCAACUCAUGUAGCAAUCCGCCGCUGCCUGGUCUCUCCUGGUCAUUUUUGUCAGGGGAACUUCAGUCAUGUGUCGUAAUUGAAGUAUACCUGUACAUGUCGGUGGUAGUUGCGUUUUCCGGCUCGCUCGUUCGAUGCUAUGGAAAGAACCUCUUCGAUGGAGACAAUUUACAGCCUUCUUUGGUCGUAGGAUUGUUCUCCUACUUGAUAGGUGCUCGAGUACUACAACGCCUUCAAUAUCUUCGGGAGUUGUUCCAGGGACAUUUUGUGGACUUGCCUGUCGUUCUCGAGGCAUGUGCCGUUCAGACCGACGUUCACGAUUUCGCUGGAACGCCUUAA